CAGUAUUCAACAGGUCAAUAGCAAAUUAAGAAAACAACAAACUAAACAUAUCGAAAGCGAAACCAAAUCAACAACAACAGGAACAACAACAACAACAGGAACAACAACAUCAACAAUCAACUGCGUAAUUGCGAAUUGCAAUUGGCAAUUGAGCUAAGCGAAAGAUCCAACCAAACAGGAACAACCGCCCAGGACAGGACAAUGACACCAGGACAUCGAGUGCAGCUUUACGCUGGCAUCCUCCUAAUGCUUAUGCUCUCCUCCACGCUGGCUGUGGCCAAGCCGCCGCAGCCUGUUAAACAGGAAGCGGACCAUCAAAACGCUGAGUUUCCAGAGGAAGACACCGACAUGCUGAUGGAACCGAAUGACUUUACGCCCAUAACUGUGCUGCGAUCCCAUGAGCAGCAGCACUUCCAUAUGCCGCCCACAACACAGCUGCAGCAGCAGCAGCAGCCACAUCAUCGGGCAGUUGCUGCCACGCCCGCUCAGAGUCGCCACUUUCAGGCAGCUUUGCAGCCAGUGUCGGCCGCGGUGCCAGUGCAGCAGGAACAGUUCCGUCCCAUUGCCAAUCCGAACACACAGCUGAUCUCGCGGGCCGAUGUAACGCCCGGUCCCGGUGCGGACUCGCACAGCCAGGCGGCGCAGAACUUCUAUCCGCCUUUCUACCAUGAGGCGCCGCCAUUGGGCCACUCGCGUCCCUAUUUCGCCGGUCCCGCUGGUCCCGUUGGCGACAACUCGCCGCUGCAACUGCCGCUCUUGCCGCCAGCCCAGCAGCAGCAGCAGCGCGGCUUUGAUGCAGCCAUUCUGGGCAGCGGUGAUUUUGGUGUGCUGCGUGGCGGCACCUUCUAUCCGGAGGAGGAGAUGCCCUACCAUCCAGAGGACAACAGUGACUACAUCUAUGGCGAUGCCAACAAUGGCCAUGGUCGUCCCAGCGAGGCGUUCAUCCAGAAAUAUACAUAUCCCGAGGAGCAGUUCGCCAACUUCCGUGACUUUGCUGACAUUAAUACGCCCGCAGAUUCGGCCUUCUCACAGUUUGUGGUCGUCUAUGCGGCCAAGAAUGCGACCAAGCCGAGCACCCAUCCACAUCCGAAGAACAUAUUUGAGCAGCUGGAGCUUCUAGAUCGCGAGAAGGCGCUCGAGGAGGCGGCGCUCAAGAAGCAACAGCCCAGCAAAUCCAAAUCCAAGCUAUCCAAAACGAAGCUCCAAAAGAAGUAUAAGAAAAAGACAAUUAGCAAGGAUCUGGAGCUGGAGCCGCUGCUGGCACUGAGCUAAGCGCCAGGUUGGGCCCACAUCCAGCUGGGAGCGAGUUUUAGCUGCGAAAUUUAAUGGUUUUUUUUAUAUAUUUAUUUUGAGCAAAGAUAAAAUUCCAACUUUAGAUACCUUUUCGCCGGACUCUCACACAAAUUUGCACACUUGCCCCGCGCGCACGCCUGCUGCAAGCCCCUCCCUCUCCACGCCCCUGCCACCCGUCCCCCUUCACAACACUUAUGGUUUACAAUAGUUCCGUUAGUUGUGUGUACUUAUUAUUAUUAUUAUUAUUUUAAACAUUAUUAUAGCUAUUAUUAUUGUAAUUUUUUUGUAUCUGUUUACUUGUCUCACAAUUCGUGUUACAUAAUUGUUAAUUGUACUUAAUUAUAGCC